AUGUUCAGGACCGUAGAGCGGAGGGUGACUUCGAAACCAGGAGUUAGUAAGAAUCAAGGCAAAGCCAAGCAAGAACUUCAGGGGAAGAUCAAUGUUAAAGAUAAGAAAAAGAACAUGGCAAGGAGCGAGUUCAUCUCACAUGAGGAUGAGGAAGAGGAGGAAGAGGAGAGUGGGGAAGAAGAGGAAGAAGAACAGGAAACGCAGCAAAAGAGAAAGGAAAGAGAAAAGGUGUGCCUCAAGAAACUUGUGACUUCGAAACCAGGAGUUAGUAAGAAGCAAGGCAAAGCCAAUCAAGAGCUUCAGGGGAAGAUCAAUGUUAGAGAUAAGAAAAAGAACAUGGCAAGGAGCGAGUUCAUCUCACAUGAGGAUGAGGAAGAGGAGGAAGAGGAGAGUGGGGAAGAAGAGGAAGAAGAACAGGAAACGCAGCAAAAGAGGAGGCAACGAGAAAAGGUGACUUCGAAACCAGGAGUUAGUAAGAAGCAAGGCAAAGCCAAGCAAGAACUUCAGGGGAAGAUCAAUGUUAAAGGUAAGAAAAAGAACAUGGCAAGGAGCGAGUUCAUCUCACAUGAGGAUGAGGAAGAGGAGGAAGAGGAGAGUGGGGAAGAAGAGGAAGAAGAACAGGAAACGCAGCAAAAGAGGAGGCAACGAGAAAAGGUGACUUCGAAACCAGGAGUUAGUAAGAAUCAAGGCAAAGCCAAGCAAGAACUUCAGGGGAAGAUCAAUGUUAAAGAUAAGAAAAAGAACAUGGCAAGGUGCGAGUUCAUCUCAUAUGAGGAUGAGGAAGAGGAGGAAGAGGAGAGUGGGGAAGAAGAGGAAGAAGAACAGGAAACGCAGCAAAAGAGGAGGCAACGAGAAAAGGUGAUUUCGAAACCUGGACUUAGGAAGAAGCAAGGCAAAGCCAAGCAAGAUUCUAAUUGGAAUGUCCAUGGUAAAGAUAAGAAAAAGAACAUGGCAAGGGGUGAAAUUAUCUCACAUGAGGGUGAGGAACAGAAGGAGGUGAGUGGGGAUGAACAGGAAGAAGAAGAAGAAACGGAGCAGGAGAGGAGGGAAAGGGAAAAGGAGCGUCUUAAGAAUCGGCUUAUUCAUGAGUUAACCUUGACUCAAAACCUAGAAGUUUCCAGAGAUUGCGAAAUCGGUCACGAAAUCAAUACGGAUCAUAACAUUCAAAUUCUUCAGCAAUAUGGGAUUGAGAAGGGCAAUCUUGAGUUGAUAAAGAAACUCGUCCAACUGGAUGUCGCCCCUGAUUUCUGUGAGGAAUACAAUAUCAAGAAAUGCUGCAGUCGUGGAGACGAGUCUACACAAGAGACGGACAGUGAGGGACUGGAAGAACUUCAUAAGCAAGAAAUGCAGCAGUAG